UAUAGUUAUAUUGAAUGAGAUAAUUAGGGUUUUGUGGUGAAUUGCAUUGGGGUUGUUGAAGAUGUGCUCUUUGUAUUGAUUUUUUGUUUACAAUUGCGAUUUGUUUUAGGGUUCUUAUGUUGAUGGGUGUUAGGGUUUUGUGUUGAAUUGGAUUCAGGGUUAUUGAAGAUGUGCCUUUUGUAUUGAUUGUUUGUUUAAAAUUACGUUUUCUGUUAGGGAUCGUAUGUUGCGGGAGGGUUAGGGUUUUUGUAAAAGUUUUGGUUUUGUAGUAUAAGAAUUGGUUUUUGUAAAUGAAUUGAGGUAUAUGUAUUGCGCAUGAAUUUAGUUAGGAUUGUAGUUGAAUUGACUGCAGAGUUGUGGUUUUUGGUUUUCAGUCUAGGUUUUCUGUCUUGGUUUUCUUUCCAAAGUAGUUUAGGUUUCGUGUACAAUGGAGAAAUCUUAGAGAGGUACUUUCUCGGGUUCUUUCAAUGGUGUUCUUCUAGUUUAUGGUGAACUCUGUGGAAUGAAGUGGGUUUGUAUGUGGUUUUGAUGAUGGUGUCUGAUGUGGGUUUUUGAUGUUGAUGUUAUUGCUAUAUGUUUAAAUUAAUAAUGGUAGAAGAGUUGAUUAAAAAGUAAGUGGGUUACAGGAGCGGUUUUAUUGUGGUUAUCUUGUGGCUGAAGAGUUGUCCUAAUUGAGUUUUGUUUUAAAAGAAAUCUUUGGAUGGUUUAUCUCUUGUGGGAUAACUUGUAAGUGGGGUUAUUUAUUAUGUGAGCCUAGUCUAAAAGCUGCAUUAUAUGUUUUGAUGGUUUUUCUCAUGUGAUGGGGUUCGUAGAUUGAUGUAGCUCAUAAGUAUCUUUAUGCUCUUGCAUUCUGUUGUUAGAUUGAUGUAGCUCAUAACUUUGUUGAUUAUUGUGUUAGUGGUGGUGAAGUGUAUGUUAAAUGAAAAUUAAUGCUUCUUUCUUUGACACAGCCAUCUGACCAUUAAUGAUGAAGAAAAAGCCAUUUGUUCGGGAUUUCUCUUGGAAAAAGGUGGACUCUGUUGUUGGUUAACCACCUGCAACAUUAUAAGCUUAUGUUGGAGUAUGUUUUUUGGCAGGGUUAUUUGAAGCCUUUUGGAACAUCAAAAGUUGUGAAAGCUGAGUCAAAAGCCCCUACAGCUAAGGAAAAGAAGAAUUAGAGGGUAGCUAAAAAGAAAAUGAUUGCUGAGGAAGAGGAUGCUUAUGUAUCUGGUUCAGGUUUGACUCAAUCGGAGUACGAUGAUGAUGGUAAAUCUAGCGUAGGGGUAGGGACAUUAGACAGUAUGCUGAUGCAGUAUUUUAAGAGUAAGGGUAAGAAAAGGAAGAAGGUUGCUUGUGACGCAGGAGGAUCCAAGAGGAGGAAGUUGGCAAUAUCCGAAGGACAGAAAGUCUGUGAAAGGGGUGAAGUGCUGAUGACUCAUUUUGAAAAUGUUGGGAAGCCUCCAAACAUUGUUUGUAGGGUAGAAUCUUUUUGCGAAGAUGUGGACAACAUCAGAUCUGAUGAACGUUAGUUGAACUUGGGGAAAAGCAUGGAUUUUGGAAGUCUGCUCAGGCUGGAUAUGAAGAACAUUCCUCGCCAGUUUUGUUAUUGGCUCAUGACUAGAGUGAGGAGUGAGGGGACCCUAACGUUUGUUGAUGGUGCAGUUUUGCCGCUGGAUCCAAACAAAGUGUCUUCAAUCCUUGGAAUACCGAUGGGGAAAAGGCCGAUUCCUAGAGGGGUGGAUAUGGAUUUUGUUGAAGAGACAGAGAAGGUGAAUAGGAUUAUUAGUAGGUAUGGUGUCGGGGUUUUUAAUGUUCAACAGACAGACACGUAUGUUUGAGACAUGUUGAUUGUUAAUGAUAUUUGAAAUUGAUUUG